AUGUGGUCUUCGUUGUCAAGCGGCCUCCUCCCCCUCGCCCUACUAUGUAAAUCCGUCACCGCAGACGACAAUUACAACAACCGCCUCGACACAACAGCCACAAACGCCGGCCCUCUAACAACAGUCUUCACACCCCCAGCAUCAUGCGCUGCACCCCGCACAGUUGCCAACUACGGAUACCCAUAUCUACUCGAAGGCUGUGAAGGCCCAUACGGAGACGAGUGCUGCCCGGAAGGAUGGAAAUACAAUGCGUACUUCAGUCCAGGCCGCUGUCCAACAUCCUACAAGACUUGCACUUUGCCAACAGGCGCACAACGCGCCGAGACGACAGCAUAUUGCUGUCCAAAUGGCUUUGACUGCGGAGGUCAGGGUUACUGUGCGAAAUCUUUCAACACAAUCUCCACCAUGACAUACGUGGAUGCGACACUCUCGACACAGCGCAAGAUCUAUGGUAUCACGGCAUCGCCUAUCCAGAUUCGGUUCAAGGCUGCUCAGUCGACGAUUGUGCCUGUGCCAACUGACUCGUUGAGCCUGCCGCGUCGGUUCCUGUAUACGCGCGAGAAGAUUGGAAUUGGGAUUGCGGUUCCGGUUUUUGUUUUGUUUUUGACGAUUGGGUUCUUUUGGUGGAGACGCAGGAGGGUGAGGAGGGCGAGGGCGGAGCCUGAACCGCUUGUUUCUGGGUCUGGAUCGGAGUCUCCAUCAGAUGAUAUGCCGCCGCCAUAUACUGGUCCUGCUGCUGGUUCUACUGCUGCUGGAGUAGAUGGGAGGUCUAUGUUGGAGAGGUUGACCGGGGGUGGUAAACGGCCUUCGUGA